GUGCUACGAUAUUCUACAGUAACAAUGUCUUGCGAAGACGAACACUACCACGGAAAUGGCCAUCAUAACCACAAUCACGACCAUGGACAUGACCAUGGUGAUCACAUAGCACCUAUACCCACGUCGUCAUCACAAUCUUUGAAUUCAAAGAUUGAUACAUCAAAACUAACCGCCUUAAACAUGGCCAAUCCAACUGAUGAUCUUGCCAAAUUGUUUAAAACUUCAGAAACUAAAUAUCACAUUAAACCAAUCAUCAAAUCUGAUUGUGAUUGUCAAUUGAUUAUUAAUAUUCCAUUUUUGAAUGGGAAUGUCAAACUUUAUUCCAUUAUCUUUCGUACCAAUGGAGACAAAUAUUGUCCGAGAACUAUCAAAUUUUUUAAAAAUGACAAAACUAUUGACUUUGAUAACGUAGAUACGAAAACUCCAACACAGAAAGUGAAACAUCCACAAGUUGGUCUAUCAGUUGACGAGGAUGAUGAGGAAAAUAUCCCCGAAGUAGUGGAAGAAGAAGGCGAUUUUGUAGAACAUUUCUUGUCCAGAAGCAAAUUCACAGGGGUGCACCACUUGACUGUGUUCAUUGAAGAUAUAUACGAUGACGAAGACGAAGAUGAGUGCUGGUUACACUCAAUUGAACUAAGAGGAGAGUUUACGGAAUUGAAUAAAGAAGCUGUGGUGACGCUAUAUGAACUGGCGGCCAAUCCAGCUGACCACAAAAAAUUGGGAGUUUCUGAUUACAAUGGAGUAUCAUAUGGUGCUUAAUAAUAGUACUAUUUGUAUAUAAUAAUUUAUUAAAGCACAAAAUUGGGUGGAGUUUUUCUUUUUUUUUCUAAUACCAUACAAAUACAUAUUUUAUAUAUAUAUAAAUCUUUUAAUUAAUCUAUGGCUCGCUGGCUUCGUCUGCGGCGAUAAGCUUAU